UUAAGUUGCCAUAGCGGCAGGGCUUCAUGGGGGCUGGGAACAGGUGUUGUGUUGUUAGUUGGUAGUUACGAGGUUUCAUGCGUGAACUAGGAUUAGAAGGAUGCACAAGAACAGUGGGAAGGAACUGGAGAGGAUGAGGAAGGCUUUUUGACAGCCUGCGGUUAUGUCCCAUGUGGACUGGUGCUGUGCUGCUGCUGCUGAAAAGGGCAACCUCCCUGUCUUGGUAAACCCUUGGAAGACAUGUUUGCUCUAGGUCAUCAUACCAACAAAUCCCAGUUCUACUAAUGGUCCCUUCUCCAAGCAUCACUUGUGUUUGGCUACAUUUUAGGACAUCGUAUCCUCAAUGGCAGAAUCUUCCAGUGAUUCAGACACAUCUCAUCGAAACCGCAUAAGAGGACGUGGGCCUUUAAAAGCAACGCAUAUUAGACCGAGAACCAAUGGGUCAGCAGAAAUUACAAAGAAAAUUGAUACCUUGGCUCAUACUUUGCAGGAUACCAGCCAAAACCUGCGAAAUGUUGACCAGAUGUUGGGAAAGUACAGAGAGUACACAGGUGAACAGGUGGACUCUAUGGCUGCUCUAAGAGAGAACCUGGAGCAGUCAGUUGACCAGUUAAGAAGCCAGCGUCUGCGCAGAAAUUUGGGGGCCAGAAGUUCAUCUCUUUCAACUCUGCACACAAGUGACCUUGAUGGAGAAACAAGUGCUGAAACCCACCGUCACUUUCCUACCUCACCUCUCAGGGAUUAUGGGCAUUCACUUGACACCAGGCGUCGACGAUCAAGAUCUGCUACUGUUAGAUUUAUUGAUGAAUUAGAUCCACCAGACCAGUUUCAUUCCUUGCACCAAUCACUUAGAGAUCUUAGCAAUGAUCAGUUAAGACUGGGAGAAGAUCUGAACACAGAAAUAACAAGAAGAAAUAGAUCAGAAAUAGAAACUAGGACUGCAUUGAAAGAGCUGUCUAGUAGAAUGGCAGAAACACAAAGGCAAGAAACGGUUACCGACAGAGUAGAAAGACGACUGCAGGAGAUUGAAAAAGAAAUGCGGACAGAGAGACAACUUGUUGAGAGACGACAGGACUUUUCAGGCCAGAUAUCAGCACAGUUACAGGAGGCCCUGAGGAAGCGUGAUUCAGCAAGCACUGACAUGGAAGACAUCAUGAAAACUAGACUUCUAAAAGCUGAAAGUGAAAAGAAUCUGGUAGAGCAGGAGCUAGGAAGGACCCGGCGACGGCUAGAUCAGUCUGAAGGUGGACGAGAUGCUCUCCAUUAUCAGAUUGAUGAGCUACGAUCUCAGCUGCUAAAAUCUGAAAAGGAUCGCAUUCAUUUACAACAGCAGAUGUCUCAGGCCACAUUGGAACACCAAGGUCGACGUGAGGAGGGCCAAGAAGAAAGAAAAACUCGAGCAGCUUCAGAGCGGGCUGAACUUGAAAAACAAGACUUGGAGAAACAGAUCCUUGAGCUGAAGGCACAGAUGAGAUGUAGUGCUGCACUGUCUGAAGUAGAGGAGCUGAGGCGAACCAUUGAACAAAAGGAUCGUGAGAAAGCACAGCUCGCUACUCACAUAGAGGUGCUAGCAUCUGAUCUAGAGAAAAGGGAAGAUCAGCAACUGAAAAUGUUGACCAAGCUUAAAGAAAUCCAGUCUUCUUAUGAAAACUGUGAAAGUGAUCGUCAACGUGUUGAGCUUCACAUUGAGGAACUAAUGACAGAACUUAAGGAAUCUGGUAAGGAGGCCAAUAGAUACCUCACACAGAUGAAACAAGCAGAACAGGCAAAGUUGGAAUGUGAAAAAAAGAUGGAAAACUUUAAAGUUAAAGCACAAGAUUCCAUCAGACACUGGAAAAACAAGUACAGAAAGGUGGAACUUGACCUGGAAAAGCAGAAGGAGGCUACAGAUCAGCUGAUGGAAAGAAGCAAUCAGAUGGUGAAGGAAAAAGAUGAUAUGAACAAUAAACUUCUGUCUACUCUUCAUCAAAUGGAGAUCCUCCGGAAAGAACUAAGUGAUAUAAUUUCCAAGCGGGCACAGCAAGAGGAAAUUAUUCAUCAGAAGGACAUGGAACUGAAUGAAACAAAAGGUCAGCAACUUGGCCUAGAACGUGAAGUGAGAGAUGUGCGUGAAGCUGCAAAGAGACUUGAGACAGAGAUGCAGAAGGAUAAUUUGUUGCAUACACAACUACAAGAUGAGAACCAUCGUCUUGAAGAGGAAAUUUUAGUCAUCAGCCAGAGGUAUGAAAAGGCCAAGUCAGCUUUGCAUGAAAUGCAAGGGGUUAUUAAAAAUCUAAGUGCCAUUCGAGCAGAUCUCACCAAUAAGCUAGCUGAAGAAGAGCGGUCCAAAAAGGAGUUGCAAUAUAAUUUUGCUGAUCUUCUGAGCAAACAUGAAUCCACCCAGGGAGAAAUUACAUCAGUUAACAGACAAUUGAAAAUAGAAAGAGAAGCACAUCAGAGGGAAGUUGCAGAUCUCAAGUUAGAGAUUCAGAACUUGAAGACUAAACAGGAAAGAAGCAUUCAAGAGAUGCUCAGAAACUUCAAGAAAGAAAAAGAAGAGCUUGAGAACAGUAACAGGACCAUAAAGGCAGAACAAGCAGAUGAUAGAAAUUUAGUGAAGUCUCAACAUCGUCAGUUGGAAAAGAUGAAAAUAGAAUGUGACAAGCUAUCUGAGGCACUGACUCGAAGUGAAGAAGAGAAUACAAAACUGAAGAGAAAAUGCUUAUUAAUUAAACAGGAGCUUGAAGACAAGAGUGACCAGGUAAGCAGCAGUGAUGACCACAUGCGGAGAAUGGAAGAAACUGUCCUAAAGCUGAAGGACCAGGUCAGUCGGCUGGAAACAGAGCAGGACUCUAUCCUUCAUAUGAUUGGGAAGGAAGUGGAAGGAGCCUGCGAAAUCCUCUCAAGAGACAGUGCCGAGAAAUUCAAAGCAUUAUCAUUUUCAGCAGGAUUGUCACGGGAUCCUCAUCGCUGGUUAGCUGAAAUCAAGACCAAGCUGCAAUGGCUAUGUCAAGAAGUGAAGGAGAGGGAGGGGAAGGAAAGAAAACUGCGGCGUCAGCUUGUGCAGAGCAAGGAACAACUGAAAAACCUGACAUUAAAUAAAGAUUCUGAGAGUCAGCUGUUCAUUGAACAAAUUACUAAACAGGAACAACUUCUGGAGGGAAUUCACAAGGAAAAGCGAGAGUUGCUUGAGAAAGUACGCAGGCAGGAUGAAGAAAUGAGAGCUUUACAGGACCGAAUAGUGGACUUAGAAACAAGUACCAGAGUGGCCUUGGAUCACUUAGAAUCUGUUCCUGAGAAAUUGAGCCUGUUAGAAGAUUUUCGUGAUCUUGAGGAGUCACAACGUCAAAGAGGAAUGAUUGAAGAGAGGUAUGCAAAAUACAAAGAGAUCGUUGGCUCUUUGCAACAACAACUUGAAGAUUCAAAACGCAGAAUCCAGGAAUACAAAGAUGAAAAGAUGGAUGCAAGUGCUCGAAGUUUUCGAUUAGCAAACUUUUCAUCUUCCUUACGGGGCCAGAAUAGUUUCUUUUCCAGUUCUCUCCUUUCUGAUGCUGGAUAUGCUGACAGAGAAAAAAGAAUGAACUUCACACUGAAUGGAGAGGAAACAGACUCCACGAACCAGGCACUUUAAUUCAGCUUGUGCCCACUUAAGUGUCUGUGCAUUUCCAAUCAUCAUGUUUCUGUUUGUUCCACCAAUGAAAGAACUGUGAAUUGGACUCUGCUUUGGUGAUUAUAAACACCACGUUUACAUGGAUAUUUAAGCUCUAAACUCAACAAUAUUUGCUUUCCAGUUUGUGUUAAUUUAGAAAUGAUGUCGAGAGAAGACUAAAAAUGUGCACUUUUUAAAAUCA